CUCCAGCGCGCCUGUCGAUUUCCAAAACCCAGUAUCCUCAGCACCCUUCAUAUUCAGCUAUCAUGGUGAACUUCACCGUAGACCAGAUCCGGGCCCUUAUGGACAAGCCCACCAACAUCCGAAACAUGAGUGUCAUUGCUCAUGUCGACCACGGUAAGUCCACGCUGACGGACUCUCUGGUUUCAAAGGCCGGCAUCAUUGCCGCCAAGAACGCCGGUGAUGUGCGCUUCACGGAUACAAGAGACGACGAGAAAGAGCGUGGCAUCACAAUCAAGUCGACGGCCAUUUCCAUGUACUUCGAGGUGGACAAAGAGGAAGUAUCGGCGAUCAAGCAAAAAACCGAUGGUAACGAGUUCUUGAUUAACCUGAUUGAUUCUCCCGGUCACGUCGACUUCUCGUCCGAGGUCACAGCUGCUCUUCGUGUCACCGAUGGUGCGCUGGUCGUCGUCGACUGCGUCGAGGGGGUUUGCGUACAGACAGAGACCGUCUUGCGUCAAGCUUUGACCGAACGAAUCAAGCCUGUCGUUAUCAUCAACAAGGUUGACCGAGCCCUUCUCGAGCUGCAAGUGUCCAAGGAGGACCUGUUCCAGUCUUUCUCUCGUACUAUCGAAUCCGUGAACGUUAUCAUUGCUACCUACAACGACGAAGCACUUGGCGAUGUUCAGGUCGCACCGGAGAAGGGUACCGUUGCGUUCGGCUCCGGUCUACAUGGUUGGGCUUUCACUUUGCGCCAGUUCGCUGCCCGCUACAGCAAGAAGUUCGGUGUUGACAAAGACAAGAUGAUGGCAAAGUUAUGGGGCGACAACUUCUUCAACCCUGCUACGAAGAAAUGGACAACAAAGGGCACUACCGACGAUGGCAAGACUUUAGAGCGCGCUUUCAAUAUGUUUAUCCUAGACCCCAUCUUCAAGAUUUUUAAGGCUACCAUGGACUUCCAGAAGGAUCAGCUAUUCAGCAUGCUCGAAAAACUCGAUGUGAAGCUUCUGCCCGAUGAAAGAGAUCUGGAAGGCAAGGCUUUGCUGAAGGUUGCUAUGCGCAAGUUCCUCCCCGCCGGCGAUUCCCUCUUGGACAUGAUUGUCAUUCACCUGCCUUCUCCGCAAACCGCUCAGAGGUAUCGCGUCGAGACACUGUAUGAAGGUCCGAUGGACGACGAAUCUGCCAUUGGCAUCCGCGACUGCGAUCCUAAGGCUCCCCUUGUUCUGUACGUCUCCAAGAUGGUUCCAACUUCUGAUAAGGGGCGUUUCUACGCGUUCGGCCGUGUCUUCUCCGGUACCGUCAAGGCAGGCCCUAAGAUCCGUAUCCAAGGGCCCAACUAUGUUCCCGGGAAGAAGGAUGAUCUCUUCGUCAAGUCUGUGCAACGUACGGUUCUGAUGAUGGGUCGUUAUGUCGAACCCAUUGAGGAUUGUCCGGCUGGUAACAUUGUUGGGCUUGUUGGCGUCGACCAAUUCCUGCUCAAGUCUGGAACUCUAACCAGUUCGGAAACCGCGCACAACAUGAAAGUCAUGAAGUUCUCUGUGUCCCCCGUUGUUCGAGUUGCUGUUGAGGUCAAGAAUGCCGCCGACCUUCCUAAGCUCGUGGAAGGUCUGAAGCGUCUCACGAAGUCCGAUCCUUGCGUCCAGGCUUGGAUUGAGGAGACCGGCGAGCACAUUGUUGCCGGUGCGGGUGAGCUUCACCUGGAAAUUUGCCUGAAGGAUCUUGAAGAGGAUCAUGCUGGUGUGCCCCUCAAGAAGUCCGACCCGGUCGUCGGGUAUUGCGAGACCGUUCAGACGGAAUCAUCCAUGGUUGCUCUGUCCAAGUCUCAGAACAAGCAUAACCGUCUGUAUGCUAAAGCCUCUCCUCUUGAGGAGGAACUAUCCAAGGACAUCGAGAGCGGCAAGAUCACCCCACGCGACGAUUUCAAAAUUCGCGCUCGGGUCCUGGCCGAUGAAUAUGGUUGGGAUGUAACCGACGCACGCAAGAUCUGGUGUUUCGGUCCUGACACCACUGGUCCUAAUCUGCUGGUCGAUGUCACCAAAGGUGUCCAGUAUCUCAACGAGAUCAAGGAUUCUUGUGUUGCCGCCUUCCAGUGGGCGACCAAGGAAGGUGUUUGUGCGGAAGAAAAGAUGCGUGGUGUCCGUGUGAACAUUCUUGAUGUCACUUUGCAUACAGAUGCAAUCCAUCGUGGGGGUGGGCAAAUCAUUCCUACUUGCCGCAGGGUGACAUACGCUGCGUGCUUGCUUGCCCAACCUGGGUUGCAAGAGCCCGUUUAUCUCGUCGAAAUUCAAUGUCCAGAGAACGGGAUUGGUGGAAUCUAUUCCGUGCUUAACAGGCGUCGUGGCCAAGUCUUUUCUGAGGAGCAGCGGCCGGGUACGCCGAUGUUUACGGUCAAGGCAUACCUGCCUGUGAUGGAGUCCUUCGGGUUUAACGCCGACCUCCGUCAGGCUACCUCGGGACAGGCUUUCCCACAGAGCGUGUUCGACCAUUGGGAACUAAUGAGUGGCUCUCCUCUGGACAAGGGAUCUAAGAUAGAGGAGCUGGUGAAGUCCAUUCGCACGAGGAAGGGUUUGAAGCCUGACAUUCCCACUCUGGACAUGUACUACGACAAGCUGUAGAAUGGAUUUCCAUGCCGCUUAACAAACCACUUUUGGCCUGUUUGUCAUCUGUUAUGUAAUGAAAGCGAGAUGCACUGUGUAUGACCAUCUCGCGUAUCCCCUCCCUGCUCAACAAUGUUUACGUGCUAGAGUUUCCCUCAAACUGUGACAUCCCCGCGGACAAACACUGAGCUGUCGUACUGCCGCAUGUGCCGGUUCUGUGCCACAGACAGAAACUUCAAAACUGUCUAAUCGACUGACAGGUACACAGCGAAUUGAAGGUGAAAACUAGAGAUACAACAUAUACUAAACGGCCUUCACUUCAGAACAUAUCAAGGGCACUUCAUCGGCGCAAGUAGGCGGCACUUAAUGGUGGAGACGCUUGAUGAGGUGGAGAAAGCGAACUGUCAGCAGAAAAAUGCGGUUGCGCAUCGUUGGGGAAUGCAGCAUAGUUGUCCCUCUGCUGGGGCGCCGGCCCAGGAAGCGGCAGAUACGGCGAUUGAUAGUCAUCUCCAAUCUGAUACGUUCGCAGCUGUUCUGUUCGUGGUUGCUGUCCUGG